UGGAGGGGAAAACCGAGGCCUGGCAGCUGCCGUGUCUCCUAGAGGCCAUGGCCCGGCCGCUCCCCCGCUGACAGAACGCCUUCGUGGAGCCCCCUGGGCUCCCAGUGGGGACAGGGCAAGUUGCCCUGUCCCCCUUCCUGGGUUUUACUUUUUACGUGACUCUUGAGAAAUGAGACCCUCUGGGAUCCCAAAGGCAAGAUCGCUGGGGCUGUGCGGACGGUGAUAUUUCUGGGUGGUUCUGGGCCCCCCCAGUUGUAAUAAUCCUGAUGGCGGCCCCUGGUCAGGCCACAGCUCUGUACGGAGCCCCGGCAGUGCUGGCAUGGAGUGUUCUGCAGCCCUGGGAGGGGUACCUAUGACCUCAUUCUCCUCGGAGAACUGAAGGUUCAUCCAGGUUGAGAAACUCACCCAAGGUCACACAGCAUGGGGAGAACAGAAGGGACUCUGGCCUCUGGCUUAGAGUCUCCAUCCUGGCUGGAGGUGCUGGGGUGUUUGCAGUGGGGGGGCAGCUGACAAGCCUCCCAGGGGGCUCACCCUUCCCAUUCAGGGAAAAGGCCAAGCACAGAGAAGGCAGGGACAGGUGAGGACCACACAGCCCGUCCUGGCAGUGGGAGGGGACGCUCUGCCUCUAUUCUUGUUUCUUGGGUUCAUCUGCCCCCAGAAAACAGGCUCCUUUGGUGACAAGUUGGUUUCUUGCUAUCUUUUGGGUUUGGUUUUGUCUCAGUAUUCUAAAAGGAAGUCAGCUAUUUCCAGCACAGUGGGGUGUGUAUGUGGGGGCGGGAGUGCCAGCCUCAGUGACCGGUGUGUAAAUCCCGACCCCUGGCCAGCAGCCCGGGCAAAUGGCUUCACACGCCUUGGCCUCAGUUUCCUCACCUGAAUCAUGGGCAUGGUCCCAGUUCCAGCCUCCUUGGCCUUCGAGGAAUGAGACAGGACAGAAGUGGGCAGAGCAUCCAGGGCCCUUGUGCGGUCAGGUCUCAGUCAACCCAGGAACAGAGGUGUUAUUAACGGGGGGGAAACGUGCAGGGUGAGGGUCCCUGAGGUGGGGCCAGCUCUCCAGCCCUCUCUGCCCUCAGCCCACCCCCGCUGAACCCUGCCAGCAUUCUUCCUGCACCGUAUCAGCAAACAGCUCUGGUGUGCUCAUAACCUGUGAAGUUACCCAGGGCCCCGUCCCAUCACACAGCAGACAGAGUCACCCUAGAACAUUUGUCUAGACCUGUGAUCCCAGAGUCUGCUCCUUGUGAACCCCGAAAGUUGCCCCAGUCACCCAGACCCAGGGCCACAGCAAACAAGCAGGGGGUACAGCCGCUGCCCCCAUGGCCCUGGUUCUUCCACAUCCCAGAGGCUCAGUCCUCAGUGUCCCCAUCUGUCAAAUAGGGCCCUGCAGGCCAUGGCCAACCCCCCGGGGUCUCCCACCCCUCCCAGCUGUGCCUGUCCAGGGCUUCGUAAGGAAGGAGUUCAGCCCCUGCCCAGUGACCUGCUGAGAGGCCCUGGUUCAGGUCCCAGCUGCCCGUCCUUUGCUGUGUGACCUCAAGCUAGCAACUUCAGUUCUCUGGGCCUUGCGGCCUCUAUCUAUAAAAUGAGGGGCCAGCCCCCCUCUCGUAGUCCUUUCAAAGAGCUGAUGGUGUAGACCGCAGGACCUGCCCUACAGGACAUGUGUGCGGCGGCUCCUGUUGUCCUGUGACCUCUAGACCCCAGGCCUCACAGCCACCUCAGAUCCCUCCCUCCAGUCACAGGCUCUGGCUGGCUGCUGGGUGUGCUGGGCACAGCGGGCCCUAAGCUGACCUGUGCUCUUCAGGGUGGGGCCUGAGAGAGGGAGGCCCCCACCCCCUAGUUCUGUGGCUUUGGGAGGUGGGGGUGGGGGUGUUUUCUGCCCUACCACCCCUCAACGAAAAAGAAGAAAAGGGAACUUGAUAAAAAGGGUGACGCGUGCUGUGCUGUGGAGGAGGUGCUGUCACCGGUAUCUAUCUGCCUGCUCGAGCUGAGCGGCCCCCCUUCCCCUUAUCUCACCCCACCCAAAGGCCAGGAACAAAAGCAAGAACAGCCUCUCACCCGAAUGGCCAUGGCCACAGGAGCCCAUGGCCCCCAACACACCCGCAAGCCCACUGUCCCCAUGUGGUGCAUUGAGCCACUGCCCCCGACGCACCCAGGUGCCAACUGUCCCCAGUGCACUUGCGAGCCCACUGCCCCCAACGCAUGGAGCCCCCAGAUCUAGAGGGAGUGCCGAGUGCUCGGAGUUCUCUGAAAGUCAUCAUCAUCACCAUCAUCAUUUUGCAAAGAAAGCACCAAAAUAGCCCUCCCUGAGACAAGGCAGCCAAAGAUAAGAAGUCGCCCUAAGCAGCACCCCUCCCAAUCCUAGGAGGGACGAGGCCAGCCUUGGACAGGGGCCGGGACUUGGGCAGGUCCUAGCUGUGCCGGCCUCUUGGCUGUGCGACCUUGGGCCAGUACCGUCCACCUGUGAGUCAUCCCUGAAUGGAUGUCAGGGAACCCUGCACUGUAAAUCAAUUCCCCCACCACCCCCAGGCAGCUCUUUUCUACUCCUAGACUGGGGGCCGGGACUGUCACCCAGAAUCUGAUACCCCAGGGCCCUGCCCCCCAGGCCCCGCCCCCAUGGCCGGGGCACAGCGGGCCUAACCAGACUGCUGGUAGCCAAUGGAAAAGGGGUAUGCAAAUGAGCAGGGGUGAGGACCAGGGAUUGGCUGAGCUGCUGUGUUGGGGUGGGGCCUCCUCCUGGGGCUGCCCUUGACCUGGGGAAAUAGUUCCCACCCUGGACCCUGCCCCGGCAGGGGACACCUCCCUCGGCCACCAUCACCUUCUCUGCAAGGGCCCGCCUUUUAGGGGCCUCGCUGCCUGAGCACAGGCGGAUGGACAGGCUGGCCUCUGGAUGACCUGCCAACCCUCAGGGCCCAGACCCACGUGUCCUGAGUUGGGGACCAGGACCCAGGAGUUAUGGAGGGGAUGGAGCUGGUAGCCACUCCCAGGUGGCAACAGUGAGUUCAUGAAUGGGCAGGGACGGCCCAGGGACGGCCAGCCUCCCUCCAACCCCAUGUCUGGGCCCACUCCAGACCCUCCUGCAGGCUGCCUCCACCGCUCCACCCUCUCCCUGCACUGACUUCCACCCGAGACCUCAUUCUGCCAGGCUUCUAAAGUGCUAGCCUGGCCAGGGAUGUGACACCAACUUAAUGAAUGACAGUCCCAACCCCUUUGCCCACCCUCAGUUUUCCCAUCUGUAAAACGGGAAGGGGGUCUAGUAGGUCUGGCUGCUAGGAUGAUCUCUGGGCUCUUUGGCAAGUCCCUUGCAGACCUGGGCCUCAGUUUCCCCUUCCACACCGUGAGGCUGAGGUGGCAGCUCCUCUGGGGGUCCUCCCUCUGUCUGUGGCUGUGGCAUAGUCUGGAAACCUGAGGUCUUCCAGAUUUCCCAUUGUCAAAAAUUCACGUGCCAGGAGACCGUGCCUGUGGGGGGCUCAGGACACCAGGGGAAGGUGCGCCUGUGUUCUGCAUCCACAGUGCAUGGCAAACCAGUCUGAGGUCGGCCCCACCGCCCAAGACCUGGCUCGAGGCCCUGUCAGCUCCCAGGCCACCUGCAAAUCAGCCACAGGUGUGGGUGUUUGUCAAAAAUGUGUAAGUGGAAAAUGGUGGCGGGCGAGGAGGGAAAGAGUCUGGGCUGAGAUCUGAGGACAGGAAGUAGGGAGGGGCCGUCGGACCAGAGCCAGACAUCACCUUGGCCAGGGCCCCACCCCCUGUGUGGGGUGCUGUGCGUCUCAAGUGGUGAGAGCCAGAGGUGCGUGCCCAGCGUCGGGGGGGGGGGUCUCCCCACGAGGCCCUCUCGGUCUGCAGAGGGGCCUGCACUCAGGCAGGCAGCUCUGUCUCCCCCAGGACAGCUCCGGGCAUUUAGCAGGUGUUCCCUCAAUACCCCAGCUGAUUUCUGGAUCUGCUCCCCAUGCCUGGCCUGUCCCCAAAGGCGAAGUAAAAAGAAACCGAGGCCGGGUGCUGUGGCUCACGCCUGUAAUCCCAGCACUUUGGGAGGCCGAAGCGGGCAGGUCAUGAGGUCAAGAGAUCAAGACCAUCCUGGCCAACAUGGUGAAAUAUCAUCUCUACGAAAAAUACAAAAGUUAGGUGAGCAUGGUGGUGCGUGCCUGUAAUCCCAGCUACCCAGGAAGCCGAGGCAGGAGAAUCGCUUGAACCUGGAAGGCAGAGGUUGCGGUGAGCCGAGAUCAUGCCACUGUACUCCACCCUGGCAACAGAGUGAGACUCUGUCUCAAAAAAAGAAAAAGGAAACUGAGAAAAAGCCAGGGCCUCCAGAGCCAGCAUCGUCGUGGCCAAAGGCCCCUCUAGUGUGGGGGCAGCGGGGGCAUUGCCUGCGGAGAGCCGGGGUCCUUGUCCCUGUGGCGGGGCUGUGACUCGCUCCUCCAGGGCCCUUGCUGUCAGGGCUACCCGUCUGUUCUGUGCGUCCUUACUGGGGAUGGGGCUGCUGGAUGGGCUGGAACCGGCGGCCUCUGGAUGCCCACGGGUGUCCCCUGUGGUCUCCAAACCUGUGCUGAGUGCCUGCUGUGUGCUGGGCAUGGACCAGGGAGCCCAGGAGACCUCACGGAGCCCCAGCCUGAUGGGGGAGAGUGAACAGAGGGAGGACCUGAGUCCCUGAUCCUGGGGUCUGACCUACUCUGUGGCAGAACCGCUGGGGAGGCUGUUGUCAAGGACUGUUGGUGUGGAGGGCCAGGUGGUGACACAGAGACAGGUGAGGACGCAGCGUGGGAAAACACGUCCUUGCCCAGUGCGCAGUGGGAGCUCUGAGCAGGGAAUGAGGUCAUCCAGGCCGGGGCGGGAGAGGCAGCAUGACACACUGACCCAGGGCCCAGUUCCGAUGCCUGCACCUGACCCGGCGUGGUCCAGCCUCCAGGACAGGCAUUCCCUUCCUCAUGUGUCCUUGACAGCCACAUAGUGGGCUGUGCAGAGACCACCUUCUGACGGAGCGAGGGCCCGGAGAAGCCACUGCAGCCACGGUCCUCUCGGGGUCCGGAACACCCCCAGCUCCCUGCAUCCAGCGUGGACCAUGCUUUUCCUCUGCACUUACUCUGCACUGGCCAUGAUGGGUGCUCUGAAUUCAGACAAGAACAAGACUCCCUGAGCUCCCAACCAGCUGACCCUCCAGGGCUGGAGCCAUGUGUGACCUCCACCCUCGCAAAGACCAGCAGCCAGGGGGUCCAGCCCGGGCUGUAGCAUCUAGGCCCUGAGAUGACUGUGGCAGAGGCAGCUCCUGCACACAGUGUGGGGGUCAGGGCCCCAAGAAGACCGUGGCUGCAGUGGCUCUCGCAUGGCGUGGGGGUCAGGGCCCUGAGAGGACCAUGGCUGCAGUGGCUCUCGUGUACGGUGUGGGGUCAGGGCCCCGCAAGAACUGUGGCUACAGUGACUCUUGUACAGUUGGGGGGUCCAGACCCCGAGAGGACCGUGGCUGCAGUGGUUUGCGCAGUGUGGGGUCAGGGCCCCAAGAAGACCGUGGCUGCAGUGGCUCUCGCAUGGUGUGGGGGUCAGGGCCCUGAGAGGACCGUGGCUGCAGUGGCUUGUGCAGGGUGGGGUCAGGGCCCCAAGAAGACCGUGGCUGCAGUGGCUCUCGCAUGGCAUGGGGGUCAGGGCCCUGAGAGGACCGUGGCUGCAGUGGCUCUCGUGUACGGUGUGGGGUCAGGGCCCCGCAAGAACUGUGGCUACAGUGACUCUUGUACAGUUGGGGGGUCCAGACCCCGAGAGGACCGUGGCUGCAGUGGUUUGCGCAGUGUGGGGUCAGGGCCCCAAGAAGACCGUGGCUGCAGUGGCUCUCGCAUGGUGUGGGGGUCAGGGCCCUGAGAGGACCGUGGCUGCAGUGGCUUGUGCAGGGUGGGGUCAGGGCCCCAAGAAGACCGUGGCUGCAGUGGCUCUCGCAUGGUGUGGAGGUCAGGGCCCUGAGAGGACCGUGGCUGCAGUGGCUCUCGUGUACGGUGUGGGGUCAGGGCCCUGAGAGGACCGUGGCUGCAGUGGCUCUCGUGUACGGUGUGGGGUCAGGGCCCUGAGAGGACUGUGGCUGCAGUGGCUCUCGUGUACGGUGUGGGGUCAGGGCCCCGCGAGAACCGUGGCUACAGUGACUCUUGCACAGUUGGGGGGUCCGGACCCCAAGAGGACCGUGGCUGCAGUGGCUUGCGCAGUGUAGGGUCAGGGCCCUGAGAUGACAGGGGUCACGGCGGCUCCCACGCACAGUGUAGGGUCACAGCUGCCGGCUCUGAAGCCAUGUGGCCUGGGUAUGAGUCCCUGCCCGCCACUUACAGGGUCCCCUUGGAUCUACCACAGACACUUGAGGCUGUGACUGAGACUUAGGCUCGAUCUCCAUCUCUAUAAAAUGGGGGUGAGGCUUCUGGGGGCUGGGAGGGCGCUCAGGCCCUGGGGCUCAGCCUGGCUCUGCACCACGUUUCCAGCAGGUUAUUCCCGAGAGGACGUGCAGGUCCACAAGAGCCUCGGGUGGGCUGGGGCAGGAGCCAUGUGGGCUGCAGGGAGUGGAGCCAGAAGCCUGGGCCUCCCUGCCGAGAUCCCAGCAGGGACCACUCAAGACAGGUCACCUCAUCUGGGUUCCCGCCACGCAUGGCCACCAGCAACCCCACCCCAUCCGUGGACCCGCAGUUCAGGGAGGGAGGUGCAGGUGCAGGGCUGGACCCCAGUGAGACCCGACCUCAGUGUCCACACCCAGCAAGUGGCCCGAGGUGCAGUGUUGGGCAGGGCAGGUGCCUUCAGGGCACAGACGGGGAUGUGCCAGGUCUGUGCCUUGGUCCCGGGAGGAAGGGAAGAGGCACACAGAGCGCCUGCUGCACACCCCACAGCACGGAGAGAGUGGCACUUCCUGCCUUUUUAUUUAAUUGUUUUGUUCUGUUGUCUUGAGACAGACACUCCAACCUGUCGCCCAGGCUGGAGUGCAGUGGCACAAUCUCGGCUCACUGCAACCUCUGCCUCCCGGGUUCAAGCGAUUCUCUUGCCUCAACCUCCCAAGUAGCUGGGACUACAGGCGCGCACCACCAUGCUCAGCUAAUUUUUGUGUUUUUAGCAGAGACCGGGUUUCACCAUGUUGGCCAGGCUAGUCUCGAACUCCUGACCUCGUGAUCCACCCGCCUCGGCCUCCCAAAGUGCUGGGAUUACAGAUGUGAGCCACCACCCCCAGCCUGACCUUUGUAUUUUUUUAUUGUGGUAAAAUGUACAUCAUAUUUCCACAUCAACACUUUCCAGCAUACAGCUCAGAGAUACAAGUGCCCUCGGUGCUGGGAACCCGGCAGCUGUGGGUCCCAGAACUCCACGCCCUGCCAGCACAGGCUCUGCCUGAUCGUGGCUCCCGCCCUUGCCCCAGCCCCACUCGGCAUCCGAAGCUCUGGCUCUGUGGGUUGGAGGUUCAUGUGUUAACGCCCGGUUUCAGGCAGGGAAGCAGGCCCGGGGCAGGUCUGUGUCACGGAGCUCAGAGCUCUAGUGCCCCACAAGCUUCCAGGACGCCGCAGCCCUGGGCCCCACCAGAACCAGGGGCCAGCUGGGCAGGAGGUCUGGGGGCAGGCCCCGCAGCGCUAGCCCCGGUCUCUGCAGCUAUGUGGUGGGAUCUGUCUGUUUGCUGCCUGGGACCCUGGAAGGAGGAAAGGCUGAACGGAGCCAGAGCACGUGACUUCCUCCUUUCUGAACAGCGUCCGAGGGUCUGGACACCAGGGUCCCCUGGGUCUGGGGUGAAUCCCUGGGACGGCCCACCUGGAAGAGGUGGCAGGAACCACCUACCCUCGGGCUGUAGUUGGAUUCUGUGAAUGAAAGCCUUGAAUCUCCUGGGCUCAUGGGCUCACCCGCCGCCCCUCUGGCCUCAGCCAAGCUGUACAGAGGUUGAUGAGGGCCCCUCUCACAACGGCCUGGAGGGCAGGGUGCAGGCGCACCCACAGGCCUGGCCUCGAGGGCCCCAGGAUGGGAGGAGGGUCAGCCGCUAGGGAGGACCAUGACGUCCCACCGUCCUGGGGUCCAGGCGCUGCCCCACCUCUCUCCUGGCAGGGCCCAUCCUGCUGAAACCGGGCCCCCUUCCAGGGAGCCAGCAGCCUCCACCCAUCUGACUCAGGCUGUACUGUGAUGGCUCUGGGAGCCGCGGCCCCCACCCCAUCUAUCAGCCCUCAUCCAUCUGGGGAGGGGGUUCCCCCCAGCCCCGAUGCUCAGGCCCUGCUGUGACCUCUCCUCCUGGGACUCUGGCAGGCCUGCAGCCCCAUGCCUGGCCUCAGCCACCCUGCCACACAUAUGGCCUGACCCCGUGCUCACCCUCACCCUGUGGUUUUGCCCCCCAUGGCCCCACGGGGCCUCAGCUCUCCCACACACAUCCCAUCCCUGGGCGCACCCCCUCGGCUCUUCCCCACGCAGCCUCGGCCCCCCACCCACCUCCCAUCCCUGGGCUCUUCCCCAAGAGGUUUGGUAAUCGGUUCUCCAGAGUGAAACAAUCUCAUGUAAUCUAUCAGUGGCUAUCAGGCCCAUCGGAGGGCCGGGAGUGGCCGGGCCCAGAGAUGGCGCCAACCUUCAGCGUCGAUAAAGUUUCCGAGUUCAGCGGUGAUGAAUGUGGAGUAAGCGCAGGCCGAGCCGAUAGGAUGUGGACUUGGCAGACCGAGGCUCCGGCUGAAACCGAUCUCUCCCCUAUCAGCCGGGCAGGGCUUCCUCAGGGCCCGGCUCUUUCUUCCCUCCUCCUCCACCUCCCUUUCUCUGCCUUGCUCCACCCGGGCCGCUGCCCCUGGGGACACAGGUGGGGGACCAGCCCACUGGCUCUAGCCCCAGAGAAGGGGCAGGCUCAGGGCAGGGGGAGGAUCCCAGGGAGCCCAAAGAGGUGGCCAGAAGCUGGGGGGCCUGCCUGGAGGUGGCGGCAGAUACAGCAGCUGCCAGGCCGCGGUUCCCCCAACAUCCCAGUGACCCUAACACAGCCUGACAGAUUUUGGCAUUCUGCUCAGUGUCUGAUGGUGGCUUCCCACGGGUCCCGAAUAAAACCCCAGCUUCCUCCGAGACCUCCAGGCCCUGCCUCCCCACCACCCGCCUCUUCCUAUUCCUGGGCCAUGUGGGGUCCCUUCCCACUUCGAGGUGGGGGGCUCUGCCUUCAGCGCCCUCUGCCCUGGGCUCUUCUCAGUCACAGUAAAGGUCACCCUCUGAGAAGCGCUGGUGACCGGCCCGUGUGAAGCCAGGCCCCCACGCCAGCCCACUCUUCUCCGUCCUGAACACCGUCCGAGCCUCCGUGGUGCCUCCAUCCCCCCACACACAGGACAUUCAUUCGCUCCGGGUCUGGGCCCACUUGCCCGCACCUGCUGCAGAAUCCCAGAGCUGUCGGGAACUGGCACCUGGGGCCCCGUGCCUCCUGCAGAGCCUCCCAUCUGCUGCUCACAGCAGCUCUGCAAGAUGAUGGGUCCAUACCCAUUGGCCAGAUGGGUAAACCAGGACCUGGGCAGGCCGCUACACCCAGAGCCAGGCACCGCCUAGAUUCCACUUGGCUCUGGCCUGAGGUGGCGGCAGAUACAGCAGCUGCCAGGCUGGGGUUCCCAUUCCAAUGGCAGCUGGCCUGAGGCCCCUGCUGGGACCAGGCAGGGACUGGUCUGGCUGCUGUCUCCCUCAGUUUCCCUACAGGCCUGUGCUUAACCCGGCAGAGCUUCAUAACCUGUGAAGGGCUGUGCACUUGUGUCAAUGGGGAUCUGUGGGAGGAGCCACAGCUCUGGGAGGAGACUUCCAGGUGCCAGCCUUGCACCACAGGCAAGGUGGACGCUCCCCUGGGGUGUUGAGGGUGCUCUGGUUUCAGCCGUGAAGUGGGCACCUAGCAGUGCCCAGGCCUUGGGGAGCCGCCAGAGGGGAGGAUGGGCAGCUGCUCAGGGACCACGGCGAGGGCAGCAGUGCACGCAAUGGGAGGGAAGACGUGGGACCAGGGAGGGCCUCACCGAGCCGUGAUCCGCCUAUGACCUGGAGGCAGAAAGGGGAACUGGGGCCAGCAAGGGGAGAGACCAGACCUCGGGCCCGGGAGCUGCAUAGACCUGGAUUCCAGUCCCAGCCAAGUAACCCUGCACAUGAGCAGGGGCCCGGUGGGGGCACAGCCGGGAGAAAGGGAGGUGGAGGAGGAGGGCAUGAGAGCUGGGGUCUCAGAAAGCCCAGGUCCCCUCUCCUGGCUGUGAGCAGGGACAGAGGGUCGGGGCCGUGAGGACCCCACGGACCACGCCGGGUACAGGGAGGGCUCGGGAAAAGGGCGCAGGCAGGCCACCGGGUCUGUGCUAUCUGUGUGACCACCUGAGGCUCGCUGGCUGCUGCCCACCACUGUUACCUCCUCUGCCCAACGAGGUGCCGGGCUCACAGGGGCCCCAGCGCUGCCUGCAGCCGACACUGCCUGAGACGCCCACAUGCCGGAGUGCCUGGACCCACCCCCAGCCCCGCAGGCGGCUGCUCAGCCUGGACACGGUGCAGCCAGAGGCUGGGCAUGGCCGAGGGCCCGGGGUAGUUAAGCCCAUGAGGUCCACCCCUCGGUUACUGGGUUGGCCACAGGAGGAAGUGGUGGGGCUGAGCGGGUGUGGGUGCAGGACCCCCUCCUGGUACUGGUGCCCCCGAUCCCUGAGUCUCAUCUCUUUCCUCAUGGUGCCCCCAUAGCCACCCAGGCCUCAGACCCCACAGGGGCAGGCAGCUGGGCACCUUUGGCCAGACAGGUGGGACUUGGCUCACCCACCCUAGGGUGAGCAGGCUGAGACCCAAAGGCCCCUCCCGGGAACCAACCAAGGCCCCAUCUCUGCACAGCCUCCCUGCUGGGGAAGCCCGGGUUGACCUAGCCACACCCCCUCCAAGCCAGGCACACCCCACCAGCCUGUUUCCGGCCCCUGACCCGUCCUGUGCCCAUCGGCAUUUGCUGAGUACCUACUGUGUGCCAGGCACUAUUGUAGAUGCUGGGGUGUGGCCAUGAACAGAGGUGAAGGGAGGGAAGGAGGCCCACCAAGUGUCGGGGCGGCCAGCAUGGGAGCUGUGGAGGGAGAGUGAGGAGAGGGCCAAGCAGAGCCUGCUAGAAGUUGUGGCGGGGGGGCAGCCAGGGCAGGGCCAUUUUCAGAAACCAGGCGGGAGCUGCGGAGGGGUUUGGCUUUUGCUCUGAAAGCCCUGGAGAGCCAUUGGAGGUAUUUGGGCAGAGGAGGUGCAGAGUUGGGGGCUGCUGGGUGUAUGUAACUGCAAGGCCAAGUGUGGCUAGGGAGGCAGGGCGACCGUCGCUCACAUAGCAGGUGCCUCGUGGAAUCCAGGCUGCUGGCACCAAGGGAGGGAGCUGGACUCCACUCGAACGUACGAUGGGGACCAACCUGGGCCAGGGGCUUUUCCCAGAGGAGCAGGGUUGGGCAGGGCACUUGAGGGCCCCAGAUGGUCAAGCUAAGCAGGUGGCCCGCAGGGCUCCCCACUCCUGGCCUGGGACCAAUUCUGGCUGCAAGAUCCCAGCCCCCAGUGGGCAGCGCUUACGCUAGACACACAGCAUGAUAGGGAUGGAAGAAGUUUUGGACGUGAGCACACCCAUGCUCCAGGGCCCCUCUCCACACCAUCUGCUGCAGGGAGACCUUCCCCACAGCCCUGAAUGGGAGCUCCAGUCUCCCCCUGCCCGGUUUCCCUGCCUUCCGUGCCGUCCAUGAGGGAGUCAGAAAAUGGGCAUAGAGGGAACCACGUGAGAGGAGACAAGGAGGGAGAGAAGCGGUUCACAUGGGCGCUGGGGAGGGAGAGCAGAGGAGGCGUGUGGGCCGGGUGUGGGGUCAGCACGGGAAGGAGGCUGACGUGAGAAUUAAGAUUUGCAGUGACUCCUGUCAUACUCUGGAAACUAGCACGGAUUUGGGCCACCGCAGUGCGUGUCUGCGUGAGCCUGGACCACGGGGGGCCCCAGCUUUUAUUUGGGAUGCAUGUUACCACCGUAUCCAUUUUCCAGCAAACUUUUCUGCCUUUAAAAGCCAGACAGGGCUGGGUGCGGUGGCUCACGCCUGUACUCCCAACACUUUGGGAGGCUGAGGCAGAAGGAUUGCUUCAUCCCAGGGAAAAAAAGGAUCAGCGCAGCGUGGUGGCUGCACCCAUGGUCCCAGCUACUCGGCAGGCUGAGGCAGGAGAAUCGCUCAAGUCUAGGCGGUUGAGGGUGCCAUUCACCGUGAUUGCACAGCUGCACUCCUGCCAGGGCAACAACGCAAGACCCCGCCUCAAAACAGAAAAGGAAAAAGAGGACGCAGCUGAUGGUUCCCUUGGAGACAUGGAGGCCGGAGAGGAGGUGCUGUUGGCAGGUGCCAGCCACGUGGAGCAGAAGGCCAUGGCACCUGAAGCCCCAAGCUCUCCCAGCACAGGAGGCCCCGAGGAGCUGGAGGGACAGGAACCAGAACCCAGGCCUACAGAGGAAGAGCCACGCAGCCCCUGGACCGGGCCAGAAGAUACUUGUCAUUGGAUUUAGGGCCCACCCGAGAAUCCCACUGAUCUCUAAUCUGAUUACAUCUGCAAAGACCCUUUUACGGAAUAAGGACGAGCUGGAACCGGUGGUGCAGCGUGGGCAGAGGCAUGUGCGGGCCCGACUCAGCCUCGCCGCGGGCCUGUCCUGGGGCCCGUUCCACGGGAGCAUCCAGACCAGAGCCUCGUCCCCCGGGCAGGCGGAGCCGAGCCCAGCCCUGACCCUGCUGCUGGUGGAGGAGUCUUGCUGGCUGAGGAUGCUGCCCCAGGCCCUGACCGAGGCGGAGGCCAACGCAGAGAUCCACAGGAAGGAUGAUGCGCUCUGGUGCAGGGUCACCAAGCCAGUGCCCGCCGGGGGACUCCUGAGCGUGCUCCUCACAGCCGAGCCCUGCAGCACCCCUGGCCACCCCGUGAAGAAGGAGUCGGCAGAGCCCACAUGCCCGGUCCCUGCUCACGACCUCCAGCUCCUGCCGCAGCAGGCCGGGAUGGCCUCCAUCCUUGCCACUGCAGUAAUCAACAAAGAUGUCUUCCCCUGCAAGGACUGUGGCAUCUGGUACCGUAGCGAGCGCAACCUGCAGGCACACUGGCUCUACUACUGCGCCAGCCGCCAGGGCGCCGGCUCCCCGGCCACCGCCACUUCGGAGGAGAAGCCCAAGGAGGCCUACCCCAACGAGCGCGUCUGCCCCUUUCCCCAGUGCCACAAGAGCUGCCCCAGCGCCAGCUCCCUGGAGAUCCACAUGCGCAGCCACAGCGGAGAGCGGCCCUUCGUGUGCCUGAUCUGCCUGUCGGCCUUCACCACAAAGGCCAACUGCGAGCGCCACCUCAAGGUGCACACAGACACGCUGAGCGGGGUUUGCCACAGCUGUGGCUUCAUCUCCACCACAAGGGACAUCCUCUACAGCCACCUGGUCACUAACCACAUGGUCUGUCAACCGGGCUCCAAGGGUGAGAUCUACUCUCCAGGGUCAGGACAGGCGGCAACGAAGCUGCCCCCAGACAGUCUGGGCAGCCUCCAACAGCACUCGGCCCUGCACGGCCCACUGGCCUCCACGGACCUGGGCCUGGCGCCCACCCCAUCACCAGGACUGGACAGGAAGGCCCUGGCCGAGGCCACCAACGGAGAGGCCAGGGUAGCCCCCCAUAAUGGAGGCAGCAGCGAGCCCCCAGCGGCCCCCAGGAGCAUCAAGGUGGAGGCGGGGGAGGAGCAGGAGGCGACCCGCGCCCCGGGUCCCGGAGAGUCUGGGCCCCACGCCCCGUCGCGGACGCCAUCACCACGCAGCCCCGUCCCGGCCAAGGCGAAGGCUGAACUGUCCAACCCCACGCCGGGCUCCAGCCCGGUGCCUGGUGAGCUGGGCCUGGCGGGGGCCCUGUUCCUGCCGCCGUAUGUGUUCGGGUCUGACUCGGCACCCCCGGCCCCCACGGCGCCCCCAGCCUCGGAGAUCCUGGCCAAGAUGUCGGAGCUGGUGCACAGCCGGCUGCAGCAGGGCGCGGGCGCGCAGGCCGGGCUCUUCGCGGGGGCCCCCAAGGGCGCCACGUGCUUCGAGUGCGAGAUCACCUUCAGCAACGUCAACAACUACUACGUGCACAAGCGCCUCUACUGCUCCGGCCGCCGCGCGCCCGAGGACGCGCCCGCUGCGCGCAGGCCCAAGGCGCCCCCUGGGCCGGCCCGCGCGCCCCCCGGGCCGCCCGCCGAGCCUGACGCGCCCCGCUCGUCGCCGGGCCCGGGAACGCGCGAAGACGGAGCCGGGGGCGCGACCACGCCCGAGGACGGCGCUGGCGGCCGGGGCAGCGAGGGCAGCCAGAGCCCGGGCAGCUCCGUGGACGACGCGGAGGACGACCCCAGCCGCACGCUGUGCGAGGCCUGCAACAUCCGCUUCAGCCGCCACGAGACCUACACCGUGCACAAGCGCUACUACUGCGCCUCGCGCCACGACCCGCCGCCGCGCCGCCCCGCCGCGCCCCCGGGGCCCGCCGCGCCCCCUCCUGCCGCGCCCGUGCGCACGCGCAGGCGUCGCAAACUCUACGAGCUGCACGCGGCGGCCGGCGCCCCGCCCCGCCCGCCGCCCGGCCACGCCCCCGCGCCCGAGUCGCCGCGCCCCGGAAGCGGAAGUGGCUCCGGCCCCGCCCCCACGCGUUCGCCUGGCCCCGCGGCCGACGGCCCCAUCGACCUGAGCAAGAAGCCGCGGCGGCAGCCCCCCGGAGCCCCGGCGCCCGCGCUGGCCGACUACCACGAGUGCACGGCCUGCCGCGUGAGCUUCCACAGCCUCGAGGCCUACCUGGCGCACAAGAAGUACUCGUGCCCCGCCGCGCCGCCGCCCGGCGCGCUCGGACUGCCCGCCGCCGCCUGCCCCUACUGCCCCCCGAACGGCCCGGUGCGCGGGGACCUGCUGGAGCAUUUCCGCCUGGCGCACGGCCUGCUGCUCGGCGCGCCCCUGGCCGGCCCGGGGGUCGAGGCCCGGACGCCGGCCGACCGCGGCCCCUCUCCCGCGCCCGUUCCCGCCGCCUCCCCGCAGCCCGGGCCCCGCGGCUCCCGGGACGGCCUCGGCCCGGAGCCCCAGGAGCCGCCGUCCGGCCCGCCCCCGUCCCCGGCCGCCGCGCCCGAGGCCGUGCCGCCCCCGCCGGCGCCCCCCUCCUACUCGGACAAGGGCGUGCAGACUCCCAGCAAGGGCGCGCCGGCGCCCCUGCCCAACGGCAACCACCGGUACUGCCGCCUUUGCAACAUCAAGUUCAGCAGCCUGUCCACCUUCAUCGCCCACAAGAAGUAUUACUGCUCCUCGCACGCUGCCGAGCACGUGAAGUGAGCGCCCACACUACAGCCGCAGGCGCUCUGCACGCCCCGGGGAGGCCGCAGGGGACCCUCACUCCUGGGAACCCCACCAAGCACUGGCCUCGGCGGAGGGGGCCGCAGGGGGCAGCGCCCGCCUGGACCCUUGGCACUUAAUAAACAAGUCGAGUUUGAUGAGCA